AUGGGAGUUGGACUCCAGGAGGAAAUUCAAGAACUCCGAGUUAAACUUCAGCAUCUGGAGAAGCUUGUUGAGAGAGACUCUAAAAUCGCAUCAGUCUCUGCUGGGGCCCCGUCGCCUGCCGGCAUCUUCAGGUUCCGAACAUGUGUUGUCCUAUUUCUCCUAAUCUUCCUUAAUGUUGCGGGAAGUGCUAUUCUUGGUAUAUACUGGGCGGUCCGUUUUGAUAAGAUGGGAGAUGGCUUCACCGCAGCUGGUUGGACCACGAGAGAAGUCGACGAAACUUUUCCGUCCCCUUCCCCUUCUGGCCGUCACGGGGUAACCUCGCCAAAAAUCAUGGGAGACGACCAAUUUAAGACAAAACUCAAGCGGGUCCUUGAUAUGACCGUCUUCUCCCAGCUACUAGAGAUGGAUUACGAAGAAAAUCGUAAGACCAGUUCGAAGGCACUGUAUGGUUUCAUUGAAAGAGCCGAUAAGAUUGUUGAGGAUAUGGAACACGCCCUGUAA